AUGCAAGUGUUUGUUGUUGAUGACAUCUGUGGAAAGGAAACAAUCAACAUGCAGACAUUACAAACGUGGAGAGAUUAUUCAGAACAAAUGGAGAAAAUAUUUAAAGUUGCAGAAAAAGAUAUUGCAAAAACAGCUAUUAGGGGUUAUUUUGAUAUUGUUCACUUUCUGAUUGUUAAUGUUAAAUGUAAUGUGAAUAACACAGACGAAAAAGGCAGUUCCCCUUUAUAUAAGGCAUCUGAAAAAGGACAGUCAGAUGUAGCUAAACUGUUAUUAGAGAACAAUGCUGAUGUAUCUCAAUAUAACAAUUAUGAAAUGUCACCAUUGUAUGUGGCCUGUAGAAGAGGACAUAAAGAUACAGUAGAACUGUUACUGAAGAACAAUGCUGAUGUCUCUCAGUGUAAUGCGAUUGGAGUGUCUCCAUUGUAUGUGGCCUGUUUUGGAGGACAUAAAGAUAUAGUAGAACUGUUACUGCAGAAUAAUGCUGAUGUCAAUCAGUGUGGUGAGAAUAGACUAUUUCCAUUACAUGUAGCCUGUAAAGGAGGACAUAAAUAUACAGUAGAACUGUUACUUCAUAACAAUGCUGAUGUCAAUCAGUGUGAUAAUAAUUGUUACUCUCCAUUGUAUUUGGCUAGUGAAAGCGGACAUAAAGAUACAGUAGAACUGUUACUGCAGACCAAUGCUGAUGUCUCUCAGUGUGAUGUGGAUGGUAAGUCUCCAUUGUAUGUGGCCUGUGAAGGAGGACAUACAGAUACAGUAGAAAUAUUACUUCAGAACAAUGCUGAUGUCUCUCAGUGUAACCAAUUUGACAAGUCUCCAUUGUAUGUGGCCUGCGCAGAAGGACAUAAAGAUACAGUAAAACUGUUACUGCAGAACAAUGCUGAUGUCUCUCAGUGUGAUAUGGAUGGUAAGUCUCCGUUGUAUGUGGCCUGUGAAGGAGGACAUAAAGAUACAGUAGAACUGUUACUGCAGAACAAUGCUGAUGUCUCUCAGUGUGAUGUGGAUAGUAAGUCUCAGUUGUAUGUGGCCUGUGAAGGAGGACAUAAAGAAACAGUAGAACUGCUACUGCAGAACAAGGCAGAUGUUAAUCAGUGUGAUGUGAAUGGAAGGUCUCCAUUGUUUGUGGCCUGUGCAGACGGACACGAAGAUACAGUAAAACUAUUACUACAGAAUAAUACUGAUGUCUCUCUGUGUGAUCUAUAUGGAUGUUCCCCAUUGUAUGUGGCCUGUGAAGGAGGACACAAAGAUACGGUAGAACUGUUACUUCAGAACAAUGCUGAUGUCUCUAAGUGUAACAGAAGAGCAGAGUAUCCAUUGUUUGUGACCUGUGCAAACGGACACGAAGAUACAGUAGAACUGUUACUACAGAACAAUGCUGAUGUCUCGCAGUGUGCCAUUAAUGGUGAGUCACCAUUGUAUGUGGCCAGUAAAGGAGGUCAUACAGAUACAGUAGAACUUUUACUUCAGAACAAUGCUGAUGUCUCUCUGUGUGAUCUCUAUGGAUGUUCCCCAUUGUUUGUGGCCUGUGCAAACGGACACGAAGAUACAGUAGAACUGUUACUGCAGUACAACGCUGAUGUUUCGAAGUGUGAUGCUGAUGGACAGUCUCCUUUGUAUGCGGCCUGCAAAGGAGGACAUAAAGAUACAGUAGACAUGUUAUUACAGAAUAAUGCUGAUGUCUCUCAGUGUCACGGAGAUGGAAAGUCUCCAUUGUAUGUGGCCUGUGCAGGAGGACAUAAAGAUACGGUAGAACUUUUACUUCAGAACAAUGCUGAUGUCCAUCAGUGUGAUAAUGAUGGACUGUCUCCAUUGUGGAUAACCUGUAAAGGAGGACAUAAAUAUACAGCUGGUUUUCCAAACGUCGUUGGAUGCAUUGAUGGGACCCACAUACGGAUUACUGGGCCUAGCAUUGAUGAACCAGUAUUUGUGAACAGAAAGGGGUUCCACAGCAUCAACGUACAAGCCAUUUGUGACCAUGAAGGUAGAUUCACCAACAUCAGUGCUAGGUGGCCAGGAUCAGCACAUGAUUCUCAUGUUUUCAGAACCUCAGCCAUAGGACAACAUCUUGAGAAUGGAUAUCAAGGAGUUGGACAAGAUGUAUUGUUAGGAGACAGUGGCUAUCCCUGCAGACAGUUUUUGCUGACACCAUACAGACAACCAGCUGCUGGUAGAGGUCAAGCAAGACAUUGCUCAACAAGGUCAACAAUAGAAAGGACAUUUGGAAUAUGGAAGAAGCGUUUUCACAUUCUAGGAUCAGAGAUCCGAAUGAAACCAGAUAAAGCUUGCCGUAUCAUCAUUGCUUGUGGUGUUCUGCACAAUAUUGCCAUCAUGAGGAAUGAACCUGACGUUGCAGAAGAACAAUUAAUUGACAAUCAACCUCAGAUGCCACCCUAUAAUGGUCCACAGGACGGAAAAGGCAUACGGGACCAUUUUGCUACCACUUUUUUUGCCUAAUAAAUUGCAUGUUUUUAUUUUUUCAUA